AUGAAGCCCGCGACGUCCGAGGCAGCGGCCGAGCUCGAGGAGUUGGCCAAGGGCACGCGCCGGGGCACAGCCACGACGCUCUUCGCCCACCUGCGCAGAACGCGCAAGUCGGAGGUGAAGCCGCGCAAGUACUACCGCCGGGGUACGAUCUUCCUCGAGCACCUCGAGGCGCAAAAGGUCGCAAAGGGCGUCGACUCCAAGUUUGUUGACACCAUGAAAGCACACUACGAGAAGAGCCACAUGAGCACGAGCACGAUGAUUGGGCUCUCGAUCUUCCAGAACGGCAACAACCCCGUGAACGACCCGUUCGCAGUCGACAACAUGCCGCUUGAGAUCCAAAUUGGGUUCCGGAAGAAGCUCUUUCGGCUCUUCUCGCUGCAGCUGCUUGCCGUGAUUGGCCUCGACUUCGCGUUCACGUCUGCACCUGGUUUGGGCUCGUGGUUCAGGAGUCCCUGGAACCUCUUUGGCGUCUUCUGCCUCAUGAUCCUUUCGCUUUUUGUGCUGUACCUCAAAAAGUACAUUUACCCGCUCAACUUUGGCAUCCUCGCCGUCUACACCGUGUUCCAAGCCAUCUUUCUCGCCGGUCUCGACGCGUACCUCGCGCAGCACAUUAGCCUCUUCGUCUUCAUCUUCACCUUCGUCGUCAUCACGCUCCACAGCGUUCUGUGCACGGUACCGCUGCGGGGCUACAUGGUGUCGGUCGCGAUCGCCUUCGGCAUCGUCUUUAUGCUCUCGCUCAUCGUGUUCUUCACGGCGCUCCACGAAACUCUCUCACCACCCAUGAGCGUCACCGAGUACCUGCUCGCAAGCGCUUUCAUUUUGAUUCUUUGUCUCUGGUUCGCCUACGACGCGUCGUGUAUGAACCAAAAGCUGAGCCCGGACGAGUACAUGCAAGGCAUGAUCUUCUUCUACACCGACAUGAUCCUCUUCCUCAUCUUCCUGAGCAUGAUCACGUUCGCCUUCAUGGCCUGCGAGGGCGACGCGUGCUGCUGUGGGUCGGCCGAAAUUCUGCCCGCGUAUCCCGUGGGGGUCGUCGGCGACGCGGCCGGGCCUGUUGGGGAAGGCGGCUCGGAGCGCAACAACGACGAGCACGCACCUACCGGUGUGGACAACCAGACCAUGGUGCGAUGA